AUGUAUGUGCAAAAUAAUGUUGCACAUGAUGAUUUCGAGGAGUUAAAAAAUAGAACAUUCCCUGAUAUGUCACAAGAAACUAAAUAUCGUCGACGAGCACGUAACCCUCAUGAUCAAUCAAAUCCAGACUUAACAAGUUUUAAAUCAUUAAAUGACUCAACUACUACAAGUCAAGAGGUAUUGUUUGAAACUGUAACACCGAACUAUCCAACUGUCAAUCGUUCAGAAUUGAGACGAUAUUCUGCCACUUGGAAAGACCACACAGCUGAGGACCUUAAGCUGCCAGAAAUAGAUGAUAAUACGCCAGUGAACCGCUCACUAGCACCAGUUAUGUUAAAACCUCGUUCUGAUUUACGAAAAACUGCCAAUCCUCUACCACCUGUGAUCUCAUCGGUAGAUCCGAUACAAAGAUCAUUUCCUCGAGCAACCAAAUCGCGAUCUUCAGACGAGGAAGAAGAGAUACUGCUUAAUUCAGGAGAUGAGACGAACGACUAUUUCGAAUCAGUACCAAAAGAACAACGAUCAAAUAGCCUUAGUGCAGCCUCAUUUUCGUCUACCAAGCAACGAGGACGAGAUACUCCAUCUGUGUCUGUUGCACAGUCAAUUCUUGAAUGUCCAUUAUGCUUCCAACUAUUCGAAGUACCUGUAGUUGCCGAAGAUGGUCACACUUAUGAAGAACAUGAGAUAAUAAAGUGGAUUAAGAAAAACGGCACCAGUCCGCUUACAAACGAGCCCAUAAGCAUUAAAGGCCUACGUCCGAACCAUCUAGUUCGAAAGAUUAUAGAUGAAUUUCAGAGUGCUGUGCAGACCAGAAGUUACCAGUUUGAGCUUAAUGUUGAUGUGGCGAAAGGUCCUCGGGCACUCUAUCAGACUGCAGGAAAAAUGAUAUUUGAAGCUCGCUGGUUGAAAAAUAUAGACGGUCCACUAAUUGUAUUGAUGAAAGUACAUGGCCUGCGUGCUGUACGAGAAUCUCAAUUUUAUUUUGAACUCAGUUGUCAUCCUCAUAUACUUCGUACAUAUGGAAUCGUGGUCGAUCCUACUCAGCAUUCAUCAUCCGACUCUAUGAUGUUAUUACAAGAACGUGCUCCUAAAAGCAAUUUAAAUGAAUUACUCGAAGAUGUUAAAGAAUUCCCUGCGGAAGUGGUAGUACUGGAAAUUUUCAUACAAAUCACCGAUGCAAUGUCAUUUCUUGCUCAUAAUCGUGUUGUUCAUGGAGAUCUGGCCUGUCGAAAUAUUCUAGUUUUUCGCUUCCACCCACAUAGAUCGGAUUACAAUCACGUUAAACUCACAGAUUUUGGCCUUAGCCGUGGCAGUUCUCUCUAUUUAUCUAUUGACAGUUCUCCAUGUACCUCAAACGUUAUUCCUGUUAGAUACGCCGCACCAGAAGUUUUGAUGGGAUCUGAAAACUGUCAUUCGGAGAUGUCAGACAUAUUUUCUAUGGGGGUUCUUAUGUGGGAGACUUGUUCAAAAGGCGCUUUGCCAUGGGCUAAAGUUGAGAAAGAUUCAGAGAUAAUACGCAAAGUAACCAAUGGAGACCGUCUACGUCGUCCUCAACAUUGUAGUGAUAAACUAUGGAAUAUAAUUCUAAAACAGUGCAUGGCACAUAAGCCAGCAGAUAGACCUACUUUUGACAAACUGAAGGAAAAUCUACAAGAUCUUCAGUUUUCAAUGAAAGGAUCGGAUAAUGUUAAGAAAAAUCGAAGACUGCAUACGUAG